ACAGGCUUAAUGAUUGUACAGGUCCACUACAUUUAAUUAGUCGAGGGGUCAAAUAAAGAAUUGAAGUAGCUUCAGUUGAGAUAAAUGUGAGCAUGCACAGAACUCCAUAAUAUGUGAGAAAUCCGAAGAAAACCAAAAAGGAGAAAAAAGAAGAAGCAAGCUAAAAUUUGGCACCGCCAUUGCUUAAUCUUUUAUUUUCCAACGAACUUUCUUCUUGGUGGAAAAGAUCUUACGUAGCAACACACACAGUAGUUGAUCCUGCAGCUGCUGCCUAGCUGUGUCAUAUUUUCCAAUGAAAAAUUUGAUCUAUGUUUACUUCACAUGGCAGCAGUAAGUUUCUUAGAAAGUUCCAGUGCUUCGUCGUUGUACGCCUUGAUAGGCCUAAUGGUGGGUAUUGCAAGAUUACCACCGAAUGUAUGUAUUCCUAUCCAAAACACCAACACCCGGAACCUGUUCGACAAAACUCCCCAAAGACGAAGAAAUCUUCCAGAUUAAUUAAUAAACGAGAUGCAGAGCCUAAAACAUAUAUGAGGGACACCAUCACCAAAAUAUCCAAUAUUUUGCGGUAUUCAACAUGGGAUUCGGCUAAAAACCAGCUAGAGGGGCUUGCUAUAAAGUGGGAUUCUUUCACAGUUAAUCAAGUUCUCAAGACCCAUCCGCCAAUGGAGAAGACUUGGUUGCUUUUCAAUUGGGCCGCCGGGCUAAAAGGGUUUAAGCACGAUCGUUUUACUUAUACGACUAUGCUGGACAUUUUCGGGGAAGCCGGGAGGAUAUCAUCAAUGAAGUAUGUAUUUCAGCAAAUGCAGGAAAAGGGAAUAAAGAUUGAUGUAGUUACUUAUACCUCUCUUUUACAUUGGCUAUCUAAUGAUGGGGACGUCGAUGGGGCAAUUAACUUGUGGCUGGAGAUGAGAGCAAAAGGAUGUCAUCCAACAGUGGUGUCCUACACUGCAUAUAUGAAGAUCUUGUUUGAUCACAACAGAGCUAAGGAAGGCGUCGAGGUAUACAAGGAGAUGCUUCAAGCUGGUUGUAAGCCCAACUGUCACACAUAUACGGUUCUGAUGGAACAUCUUGCCAAUGCUGGGAGAUUCAAAGAAGUUAUGGAGAUCUUUAGCAACAUGCAGGAAGCAGGGGUACCACCUGACAAAGCUACUUGCAAUAUUUUGGUUGGAAAAUGUUGCAGUGCAAAAAACAUAGAGACAAUGCAGCAAAUCCUCCAGUACAUGAGAGAAAAGGCUCUUGUCCUUCGUAUUGGUGUUUAUCAUGAAGCUCUUGAAACUUUGAUGGCUGCUGGAGAGAAUGAUAUACUCCUUAAACAAGUUAAUAACCAUUUAUCUGUGGAAAACAUUGAAAAUGUAGAGAACAAUAAAUUUGUAGGUUUCACUGGGGACAAUAUAUCUUCUCUGGAUAGAGCACUUGUUUUGCAUUUAUCAAGCAAGCAAAAUCUUGUAGCUAUUGACUGCUUGCUAGCUGACUUGAGAGGCAAGAGUAUCAAAUUGGACUCUGGAGUAAUUUCCUUGAUUAUAGAAGUAAAUUGCUCUCAUUGCAGACAGGUUGGAGCUUUGACAGCAUUAGAAUACAGUGUAGAACUAGACAUAGAAGUUGAAAGAACUGCGUAUCUAGUUUUAUUAGGUUUACUUAUUAGAACAAAUUCCCUUGCAAAUGUUGUGGAUGUUGUUUAUGUAAUGGCUAGAACAGGAGUAUCUCUUGGUACUCACCUAAGUGCUCUGGUUAUAUAUCGUCUUGGCUGCGCCAGAGAGCUUGGUUGUGCUGUAAAAGUAUUUGGUUUAUUGCCUGAUGAACAAAGAAGUACUACUACAUAUACUGCACUAAUUGCUGCCUACUUCUCCGCUGGUGAUGUUGACAAGGGGCUGAAAGCCUUUGAAACCAUGAAAAGGCUGCAAAUUAAUGUUGCACUGGGGACAUACCGUGUGCUCAUAACCGGCCUUGAAAAAAGUGGCCAAGUUCACAAGUUGGACACCUAUAGGACGGAGAAGAAAAUCCUGCAGGGCAGAAGCUGUCCCCAAGACGUUUCAAGUGAGGAAAUCAUAUGUAACCUUCUAUUUGCUAGUGAUUUUCUAGUUUGACAUGGAGGAAAACCAAAUAGAUGGUCUGAAUGUUACGACUUUAAUGGAGCAUUGAGUUUAUCUAUUUCCAGCCGUCGAGCAUUUUUCAUGUGAUUCAUGUGGCAAUUACCAAUCGUAAUAGAUUGGCACAAGUUUUGAAUACAGAUUGAUCAAGUCAUUGUGCUUGCGAUGCAUAUAGUUUCUGGAUGAUUUGUUUUUACUCUGAUAAAGUAAUUCAUGGAUCGUGACUCUUGGAAACGCAUCAUAACAGGUCGAACAAAUCAAAGAAUUACUGUCAGAUAGCUGGCAGCACAAACAAUUAUUGCUGAUAGAAUGGGUUGCUCAUACAUCCAUUUUUGGUUGGAAAGGUGUAUGAUGACUUGUUCAAUACCAUGCAAGUGCUAACUGCUUAAUCAUGUGAUGCUUCUCCAACUCCAACUUACGGGUAUGGUAGCGUGGGAUUUAAACCUGGUUCGUAUCUGAGGUGGUGUUCUUAUGUCCAAGUGCUCAUCUCUGCAUUUGCUGUGGAUUAGUAGGAUUCAGAAUGCAUUGAUGUUGAGCAGAUGCCAAGACAAGAAUAGGAACGUCUUCUGCGUACUCGUGCUCGUCUGGUCUGACAUGAUUGCUUGCAAGGUUGUAGCUAUAGCAGUAUUAAAUUUUAAUAUUGUGAAUUGCUUCCGUCAAAGCAGAAUGGUAUUCUUUUUUUAUGGAAUAAUCAGUGUGACUGACAAGAGAAAUGACUGCUCUAGGCAUAAUUAUGUAGAGCCUCUUGUUUGGAGACAUUUUAGAAUUCAGUUAUUAUUUCGAAGAAUUCAUUCUCUUCUAGGAACAUUUGCCGUCCGGUUGAUGGAUAACCUUGUAACUCGCUAGAUUGCUGUUGUAUGGACACUAGCAGGCUAAGGUUCUUUAGAGAUUUCAAAUUCGAUUCACUUGUUCCAUGAUCUCAGAUGCUGUUGGUUACGAGCAGAUCAGCAACCUCACGAUGUGGGCUUUAUAUAUAUUUAUCAUCUUGAAAAAGAAA